AUGGACGUGGCUCAAGUGUUGCAUAUGAAAGGAGGCACCACAGAAACAAGCUACUCAAACAAUUCUUUAUUCCAGCAAAAGGUGAUUUCUUCAACAAAGCCCAUAAGAGAGGAUGCUAUAGCUUGCUUCUAUAGAGAAGCAAACCCUCGAAGCCUAGCAAUUGCAGAUUUGGGCUGUUCAUCUGGACCAAACACUUUCUCUGUCUCCUUUGAUUUGAUUGAAACUGUGGAGAAGCUUUGUAGAGACCGAAACCAAGAAUCUCCAGAAUACAUGAUCUUCUUGAAUGACCUACCAAGUAAUGACUUUAACACAAUCUUCAAGUCUUUUGAAAGCUUUGAACAAAAGGUAAGUAAGGAAGUGGUUGGUGGGAGUGGUCCAUGCUACAUCACUGGUGUUCCUGGUUCCUUUUAUGGAAGGAUUCUCCCAACUAAAUCUUUGCAUUUUGUUCAUUGCUCCUACAGUCUUCAUUGGAUGUCUCAGGUUCCUCGGGGUGUAGAAAACAACAAGGGCAAUAUUUACAUGACAAGCAAAAGCCCUUUAAAUGUGUGCACUGCUUACUACCAUCAAUUUCAAAGUGAUUUCUCAAUGUUUCUCAAGUGCCGUGCUCACGAACUUGUUGAAGGGGGUCGUAUGGUACUCACACUCUUGGGAAGAGGCAAUCAUGAUUCAUCAAUGAAUAAAUAUUGCCACAUCUGGGACAUUGUAGCUGAAGCACUUAAUGUCAUGGUCUUGGAGGGGAUAAUAAAGGAAGAUCAAAUGGAUUCAUUCAAUGUUCCAUUUUACAGUCCAUCCUCAUCUGAAUUGAAACUAGAGGUUGUAAAAGAAGGUUCCUUCACAAUUAAUUAUUUAGAGGAAUUUGAAACAAGUUGGGAAGUUGCUUAUGAUGAGAAGCGUAAUGGUAGUAAAGAUUAUCAACUAACACAAUUCAUGAGAGCUGUGGUAGAACCUUUGCUUGUUAGCCACUUUAGAGAAGCUAUAACAGACCAUCUCUUUUGGUAUUGCCAACAAAUACUAGCUUGUCAUAUGUCUAAGGGAAACCUUGUGCAUCUCAGUCUCUCCAUAUCUUUAACCAGAACAAGUUGA